CAUCGCCCAUUACAAAAUGCAAUUUGACACCGUUAUAGUUUUACUUCCGGUCUGCGGUACAUGAAAGAGAGGCUAGAAAGGCCAGUGUGGACGUAAAUCGACCUUGCUUUCGACUGUAACUCUUGAUGGGGAAUCGCAAGGAUUUUGUGUUCUCCAUAGCAACAACUUGGAAUGGGGAACCUGUUAAUCACAGCCCUGUGGAGUUAAAAGUUAGUUCCGAAAACAAGACCUCAGUGAGGGUUGAUGUGGCUGGACCUCUAUUUAAUGAUCCAGGACCUCCACCAGUGACCUCAGGAAGUCCCUGCCCUGAAUUGUGGGAAUAUGAAGUGGCUGAGAUUUUCUUCCUGGGAAAAGAAGAUAAAUAUCUGGAGGUUGAGUUAUGCCCUCAUGGCCAGCAUCUAGUGCUUUUUCUCAAUGGCACAAGAAAUAUGGUAAAGGAUAAACUUGAUCUAAAUUAUACAGCUGAGAUAGAUGAUGCAAGCAAAACAUGGAAAGGAAGUGCCAUUAUACCAUUAGAAUACUUCCCUCCUGAAGUAACAAAGAUUAAUGCAUAUGCUAUCCAUGGAUCUGGGAAUGGGAGACAGUAUGAAGCACUGUACCCAGCUUCCAAGGACUUCCACACACCCGACUUUCAUCGCCUUCAGUUUUUCAAGAACUUUGAUUUCAAGGCAUUAUUUCCUGAAUCCUGGAGACAACCAGAAUCAAACUAUUGGACUCAUAUGUAACAAAGACAUCAAGGAACAAUCAUGAAUAGUUACUAUAAUUUUUUUUUAAUAGUAAAUUAUUGGACCAAGUGAAGCACAAUUUAGGGAGUAAUAGCACAACUUAUUUCAAUUUUGGACCAGCAUGCAGCAGUAGACCGAGUUGAAAUUAAAAGCAUGAUGACUUCCUGAAUUGUAUAACACAAGGUUCAGUUACUAAUUGUAUCCGUAACAAAUUUCAAAAUUAAAGAAGUCUUUUGAGAACUUCUUUUGAGAACUUCUUUUGAGCAAAAAGAGGUCAGGAGUGCUUUCCAUAAGUUUUAAAAACCGUAGGAAACAUUAAGGAAGCCACGAAAGUGCAUGUAAUUGACAUGUGCGUGCCGUAAGUAUCCACUAACAGGUAUCCAGUUACAAAAAGUUGUCACUGAAUACCUUUAGUAGGACUGCCACAUGAUUGUAUGCUGAUUGUGUGACAAAUAGGCAUAAGGAGAACCAAUCACGAUUGAGAAUUUUUUCUAUAGAUAAUUAAGCACUUAACAAACCCUGGUCAGGAAAUAAGACACAUUCAAGUUAUGGACAAGAGACACUUUUUAAUUCCAAGCCAAGAGGCUACUAACAAGUUUAAACUGCCACUAUCCUAAUUAUUUUCAACGUUAGUUUAUAAUAAUAUUUCUUUCCUGUAUUAAAAAGUAAAACAUGACCUCACAGGAAAGUAUGAGCAAAUAAUGUAUGAGAAACCACUAAGUGAUAUAGGAAAUGUGUCCUUUUAAUGCUUAAGUAAUCCAUAUAUGUUUAAUAAUCUAUGUUCAGUCAAAUUACCUGUAAAGAAAAAACACAGGCAUUAGCUUUGAAUAAAAUAUUUAACUCCA